UAUUUUACAAAUUCAAAACAAUUCUCGAAGCAAUUAGCUGCCGGCGUGAAUAGAAAAAAAAACACAAUCUUGACUCAUUUCACUCUAACCGAAUGCAACUCGGUACUGGCGACAAAACGAAAAAAAAAAAUAAAAAAAAAAACAAAGACUGAAUACGAACAAAUGGGCAAAGAGUUGGAUGAAAAACGCUUUAUCGCUGCACUAAGCUUGGUCACGGAGAAGAGUUCCCGGGUGGUUGAUACGGUCGCAUCUCUCUCAUCAAAAUAAAAAAUACAGUUUAAAAGAGAAACCCGUACACACAAACACACUCGCAUAAACAUGAAAAUAAAAUUAAAAAAUCAAACAAAAAGAAAGGGAUGAAGAGACAAGGCGGAAUCGUCAUUUCAGAUGAAUCUCUUGGCACACUCUUCAAGGCUUUUGGUCAGAAAGAAACGCGCCAUGUCGAUCACCGAAAGAAGCACAUUGAGGAAGACGAGCACGAAUUCGGCUUCGGUCACGAUGACUAUGAAUAUUCGCAGUCCUCCUGGCAAUCGAACACCGAACCGACACCAAGAAAGGUCGUUCGUGUUCGUGUACCAGUGAAACGGAACCGGACCGAAAGACAACACAAAUAUACCGUGGUAAGGCGUAGACCUCUCGUAACGUAUGUCAAACCGGCUCCACCUGUCGUCAUCUCUUCGCCGACUGCUCGUAGAAUCGUUAUAACGAGAGUACGUCCACGGGGUCCAGUAAAUCAAUUCUUGACAUUCCCUGAAGACUAUCGAGAUGAACAAGCAUUCCCGUCAACUAGUGCAACUCGUCAUAGGGUCACCGUAACCCGGAGACGCAAAAUUCGGCCAACAACAACUAGCGAAACGCUGCAAAGACCCAGAGUCACGAGGAAGAAAUUAGUUAAUGUUCGUCCGAUCGUACAGCCCACACCCACCUUUGCCAUCAUCACAACCGGGUUUUACAGUGCUCCCUCAAGUUCAGAAGAAGAAGACGAUACCGACGAAUCGGUUGACGAACAGCUUCCGAAUACUGGGCUCGACGAGGAAGCCAAGUUUAUCGACAACUCAGAAAAAACUCCAAGCUUGGAAGAGAGUCCUAAUGACAUUGACAGUAAUCCCGAAAAUAAUUUUGAUGAUAGCGACGACCAAGAACCGGCGAAAUUUCAUCUCGAAGUUCCCGAAGAACCGACUAAAGUUGAAGAUGAACCAGUCAUCAUAACUGAUAACUUCUUCUUCCCUGCCUCGGAUUCUAACGAUGAGGAUGAAAAAGACGAGGUUGAACUGGAAGAUGAUGACUUUUAUGAAACGACAACUGGACUCUCCGAAAGGGAAUCAGUCACAACCGAAGAGCCUGAAUUGACCAAUCUCGACAGGACUACUCCGGAGACACCCAUCAAAGAUUCUCUGGAAAUAACAACAACAACAACAACAACAACAACAACAACAGAGUUCGUUACUGAAUUCCCAGAAACAUCAACUGAAUCCACUAAAGCAACUCUGCAAGAUCAAUCAGAAGAGAACACAGACCCACCCACAACUGUUACAGGCUCCGAUGAAAUCAAUGAUCAAACCGAGCCAACGACGCUUCAGGAUGGAAUGAACAAUGACUUCACCACAGAAGUGAAUUUGAAUAAAAAGGAAAACACGUACCCUGAAAUAGCAAAAAAACCGGUGACCAUUUACAUCGAGGAACCCGUCAAGGACGAAGCUCCUGAAACUACAAAAACACCGGUGACGAUUCAUAUCGACGAAACCGUCGAGGAGGAAACUCCUGAGACCACAAAAACACCGGUGACGAUUCACAUCGAGGAAACCGUCGAAGACGAAACUCCUGAAACUACAAAAACACCGGUGACGAUUCACAUCGAGGAAACCGUCGAGGACGCAACUCCUGAAACCACGAAAAAACCGUUAACGAUAACCAUUGAGGAGGAGAAAUGGAAUACUAAUUCGAAUACGUCCGUAAUCUCAGAUGUGACAAUGAUUCCCGAAGAAGUAUCUGAUGAUGACUCGGCCACUUCUAUACCGAUCACUACCGAGCCAUCGAUCGUUGAAUCCGCUGUUUCGGAAGCAGCUUCCGUAUCUCCUGUCACCGAAGCGGAAAUGCCUGCUGUAGUGCAACCAAUCGAAGCCGAGGAAGAGGAUCUCAGUGUAGUACCUUUGGAAUCGUACGAAAAAUCAUUAGAGAGUUCCUCACAGCUGGAUGUAAACACUCCCAAUAUUCGGCCAAGUUCGACUUGGACUCCGCGUGUAAAAGCAACUAAGAACUCCCCUGAAAGCACACACUUUGAGACUAUUGAUUCUGAAGUACCGAGCGUGAUUCCUCUAGAAGCCGAAUCGAUGACAGCGAUGAAAAAUAGUAAUGACGGCAAUUUAGGAUCAACGAUAUCGGUGACUACGAGCUACGCUUCACCAACAACGGAAGACAUCGAAGCUGGUCUCGCUGAUGAUUUGUAUCUGUCCCUUUCGCGUCCCGACUUUCCCCAAAUAUUACCUUCGAAAUCGAUCGAUACUAACGAACCUAAGCUUACAAAUAGCGAUAAUGUUGUUCCAACACCGGAAUUGAGCACGAGCGUUUAUUACUCUGAGACUGUUGUAACUUCAACUAAAUUACGGACUUACACUUACGUGGUGACAAAACUUAACGGACUUGAGACUGAGGUUACUUCAUCGACGACAGUGAGACCCCGUGUUACUACACUGACGUUAACGGUGCCCGUGACGACGACCAUCUCCCCAACCCUGGAUUCGUCAGCACACAACUCUGUUGUCGUUGCACCUGUGUAUAGUCCAGUAUCCGUUGCCGAAUCCGAGGGCAAAGAAGAGGAAGAAGGUCGAAGAUUUAAUCUCGCAACGCGGGUAAUGUCCAACGGGGUAGAGGUCAUUGUUGCUGGACCCACCCCGGCUCUCAGAUGGGAAAAUUCCAAUCCUCAACCAACCUUGACACUCUCCGAUGCCGUGGUUAUGCUCAUGCCACAGGAUGAUCCUAAUGAAUUCGUUACGAAAACUUGUACAACCACCUUCACUUACCUCAACACGAUUACCAAGGACGGUGCUACGAUCGUGUCCACUGAUCAGCAGGUCGUGGCGAAUACUGCUACCGAAGAAAGGCAUCGUAAAACGGGAACGGAAUCUGCGAGUGUGACUCUCAAAGCAUCACCGACUCUGCGCACCGAAGUAUUCAAAACGACUUAUACAUAUUUGACUCUGAAUACCGAUCACCCUGACGUGAAUAACGCUCUAGGAAGUAGCAUGAAAGUCAUCACAAACACAGUCACUGCACCGCAACAUUAUUUGGACAUGCUAGAACCCUCGGAAGCCUGCCAACCAGAAACAAAUACUUAUUUAAGCACCAGACUUCUCGAGAAAACUUUCAUGGAAGAUGGAAGAACGAGAAUCGAGACUAGCAGUGACACUAUCACGCAGCUUAUAAUCACUGAAUCCGCGCCACCACCACCGAGACCUACGAGCGUCGCUACAACAUUGACGGCAUUAGAUAAAAUGGACGAGUCGAUGACCGACAUCACAAAAACCUAUUUCAUCACUUACACGUAUCUAAACACAUACUUGGAAAAGGGCAGCACGGUGAUUCACACAAAUAUUGCAACUUCAACGGACGUCGUGCUGGAAAAGAUACCUGCGAAAAAGACUGCGGUCCAAUCGGUUUCAGUCACACCAACUCCGGAACCCAUUCAAAUAUUCGCUACCAAAACAUAUCUGACGACCUUCACGUACUUCACCACAUUGCUGCAGGCUGGUGCGGACGGUGAAACUGCCACGACAAUAUCAUCAAGAUCACACAUUGUGGAAAACGUUGUAACGGAGUCAAUUGCGCCCAGCUUGCUUGACGCUGGAUAUAUGAACGCCCUUCUAACUACUGCGCAUCACUCGGAUUCGGUUAAAAAUGUGGUCACUGGUUCAACAAUAAUCUUCUUCGAUGAAGAAGAUCAAAUUGAUCCAACGACCACAAGCAGUUCAGUAUCUACACCAACGAAUUUGCCUGAACUCGAAUCCAGUGAUAAGGUUCCCGAAAGUACUCCUGAACCUUCGUUAACCAAUCCACCAGUGGAGGCAAAUGGCAGUGAGGCACAGAUAGCUGCAGAACAACCAGACUCGUCCAAUGAUCCGGACAACUCCACAUCGUCAGAGCAUAUCGAAAAUAAAAGGCCAUCAACAGCAGCAGGGAGCACGGGUGAUCUGCAAGUUAGCAACUUGCUCAGUUUAGGCUCUUUAGGGAUAAACAGUUUAUCAGCACUCGGACCCGUCAUCACAGCCAUGGCAGGAAUGGCAGGUUUGUUGCAAUCAAAAUCUACGGCAACGCGAAGGAAUGACACGGUAGCACCGAUUGAGGCACAGGAAGUCACCACGCAAAGAUCACCCAUUUACAUUCCUGUAGCAGAUUUCGCUGAUGGAGAUAUCGAGACAGCGGAAAGUCAGAAUAUCGCUGCCCAACUAGCAAACCCGGGUCCGAAUUACAUACCCGAAACUCGACACAAAGUGGCCGCUAGUCUCGCCGACGGUAUACCGAUCUCUCCAGGUGAAAUCAUCACCGCCAACAGCGAUGUGAUUAUCGGCAAACCUGGAAAGUUAGGCCCUCGACCACCAAACUCGAACGUGGAUGAGAAUAUUGGCAUGAAGCCGCCGCCAAUCCCUGUACCUAAUAUACCAGUGCAUCCUGUUCUCGAGGUCGUUCGGGACGAUGAACCAGACUUGCAGGCACAAUCUUCGAUUCAGAGUCAUCGAAAUACCCAGAUUCAAAUUCUAUCUGCGCAUCAAGUAUACGAGAAACACUUGAAAGUACCAGGAUCAUCGGUAUUCCCAGGGUCCUCCCAGGGCUCAUCUCAGCAGAAGAGGCCUUCGCACAUAAAACCUGGCUCGACCGUAAGACAGCCAGGAAAUAAGCAGGAUCACUUGGAAAAUGAUCCUCUUUUGAUACCACCGAACAGACCGAACGUAGAGCAAUAUGCCAAUCCAAACAUCAAUUCGAAGGAUGUGGAAUGGAACAGGGACCGAUACAGGAGACCUUGGAGCGCGAAGGAUCCUCUAAGUCCAGCUGCACCGUCAAAAUACGAUGGAGUCCAAUCUGAGGUUCCGCAGGACAAUAAACCGUGGCCAAAUCACGCUCAUUCGGAGGAACAAAACCGUCAUCCUUGGGGUCAAAAAGAUCCACUACAGGGGGAAACAAAUGUUAUGCUGGAAAGUUCCGAAAACAAACCCCGUCCAUCGGAGCCAAUAAUCCAUCAAGUACCCCACGUCAUCGAUCGCUCCACGGGCCAACCUUUGCUCGUAAAUAUCCAACCUAGCCAAGUCGCCAACGUUGUUAUACCUCAAGGUGGAACUCAAGCUUUAAUAUUCGGUGACACCAGUGAGCCUCACAUAAGUGGACAGUACUUCGAUGAUCCAUCUCCCUACCCAGAGCCCGAAGUUGGUCCUGGGUUCGUUGGUGUUGAAAAGAUUCAGGAUAAUCCGGCUGAUUAUAUGUUACCACCUGCUCCUCCAAUAAGUUUCAAGCCGCUAGCACAACAGUCGAAUAUGCGCGACCACGCUCAAUCAAACUCGGAGUCUCACUCUCAGAAUCAAUUCAACUUGGGGCGACCUCAGGACACUUCAGAAAUUACAAGGCAGGAUAAAAGGCCGUCGGAAGUUUUGCUGAUACAACGCCCUGACAGUCAUGGGCAGUCGAGUGGCCAGGGACACGUGCAUACGGAAAUUCUCGUUCACCAUCGACCUGAAAGCGUCAACGUUCGGCCUCAGGCAGUCUCGCACGGUUAUCAGGAAUCUUACGAGCCACCCCGGCGAGAUAACGCGAACAAACAUACGAGGCCAAUUGAGCAGUCUCCACCAAGGAGAAGCGAAGUUGUUUCGGGACCAACGGAUACUCCACAUCAAUACAUAUAUCUAGACGGGAAAACUGGCAACCAAGGAGGAAAUGACAUGAAAAUGAAUUGGAAGUUCGACAGAAAACCUCACCGCAAUCCACCGAUUGGUCGACCCGACCGUCGUCAGGAAAGGCCAUCGAUCAGACCACAUCAUCCAGUUUCCCACAGUUACCCCAUUUUCGAAAGGCCAGGAUAUCAUCCAAACCGUAAACCGCAGCAUCCGUUGUCGUCCUCCAGACCACACCCUCACGCGGCCAGCCACUUUUCUGCUAAUCCUAAUUGGUACUCUCCAGGGUCACAUGAAAUAUCCAAAAAACCUGGCAGCCAAGUGAGGCCACUGUCAGCUCCAAAGCAACCUAUACCCAGGCCCUUCAACGUAGGCCACGAGAUAAACAACGGUCCAUCGGAGAUUGUACCUACCGGUGCAAUCGGAUAUUACAAUCCGUCUAACGAUCCUAAAAUCAAGCCGAUAGAUACUAAAUAUUAUCCACAAUUGCCUACGAUCAAACCGGAGAUUCAAAGCUUCGGUGAAAUUUUGCCACAUCCUGACGAUGAUCACAAAGUUCCAUGGAAAGUAGAUACCCAAACGGAGAGGACGGCAGUUGAUGAUUCAGUCAGCGACGCUUCCGAAAGCGUAGUGUUACAGAACGAUGCGCCAGACGAUCAUCAAGAAAGUCCGGAUCAUAUUGACAAGCAAGACCUAGAGAUUAGUGACGAUCAGACGUUGUCACCGGCGAACGUCGCUGGAGAUAGACAGGAAGAGAUGGCCGUUCACACCUCAAGCACUUACGAUACCGUAGGGUCGGUUAAUACCGUUGUUGGGAAACCGUUAGAUACAGAACAGAGCAUUAGUUACGACACUGAAAAUGAUAAUCCUUCGAACAUCGAUCACCAUCCGAGCCAUGCUCAUGGCCCAGGGUCGCCCAAUGAUGAAUCUUACGGGAACCCGAUUGCUCAAGGUAAACCCUACGCAACUUACAACGAACAGAUUGGUCACGAAAGACCUCACGACCAACACCAACAUGGACAUCAUCGCCCGGAUUACGAGGUCAUUCAAGGAGUUCCAUUUUCUCAUCAUACCAGUAAAAAACCGAGUCAGGAACAGCGACCAACUUUCAGACCGUACGACCACGACGAUACUAUUGAUCUAACACCUCCAGCAAUUAUACCGCACUUUAGCAGCCCGAACGAACGUCCCGGAAGGCCUUUCUCGAGACCUCAAAGUAGCAAGAGACCGGACAGCAGACCAGUAUCUCGUCCGCGACCCGAAAACGACGCUACGAGCGCAGAUAAAUACAGAAAUCGUCCAGCUGCUAACGGAAACCAAUCAAACAGUCAUCCAGUGACUGUCUUCGAUAAUUCCCAUGGGCAGGGUGAAAAUGGCCAAGAAAGCAGUUUCCCUUCGCAGCACGAGUGGCCGCAAAAUCCACAAGCAUCAGGGAACCCGCCGGUGCAGAGUCCACCCGGUAAGGAUCAUCGCAACGAUUUCCCGAAAGUUGAAGGGAGUAACAAUCGUUAUGUAAGACGAAAUCAAACAACUAAAACAGCCUCUUAUUUCCCAUCCAAUGAAGAAGGAUCCAGCUUAGGUGACAGAACCGAUCAAACUCCAAACAGAAUGCAAAAUUCUGGUACCAGAGUUCAUCCGGCUUAUCCUCACAUUCUCACGAAACCGAGACCCCGCGUGCCAGGUCCGAUUACGAUAACUUCGCACUCGAAAAGACCGGAUAUCAACAAUGAUAAACCAAAAAUACAAUUCUCCCUGCCCGUCGAAGCAAUGGGUGAGGAAAAAGACAGUACGACCCAGACCGAGAGACCACCCAGUAUGCUUAUCACCGCAAAUGGCCAUAAGAACAAGAAGCAAAAACAAGAAACGCUCGAAACUGCUUCGCAAACAAAUUUCGCAACGCCCGAUCGAGACAACGAGAAUUCGCAGCAACAGGAAGUCAAGGUUUAUGGAAAACCAACGGAAACAAAGAAACAGGAAGCCAGCAGCUCUCAUUCCAAUGGAAAUCUGAGAGUACCUUCCCAGAACAUGAUGCCACCGCCUGUGAGGAAUAGUCACGACAGUUCCACUCAUCCUGAUGACAGCAAAAAUGGAGAUGGCUUGAAACCACCACCUCCUCCUGCUGAUGUUGUCGGAUUGUCCCCACCUCCCGUUGCCAUUACCACGACUGGCAGACCGAAAGAGGACCGAUUUUCAUUCCCAACUCCCGAAGAAACGGACCUGACACCACCGAAAUACAUACCUUUGAAGGAGUCCGCUGGAGCUGUGGCUCCACCUCCACCUCCACCGAGCACUAAAAUGGUGCCGCCUAGCCCAAGACCAACUACAGUUGCGAGACCGUUCCUCGUCGACAUACUUUCUCAGGACAUGGUGCCUCCACCUUUGGUGAUCGAAACAUCAAGGCCUGCUAUAGAAAUUGCUACGGUUAGACCAGCAAUCGCUGUAUCUGGAUCCAUCCAGAUCGCAACAGCAAUCGCCGCUUCCCACAUACCAGUAAUGCAAGAUAUCGAAGUCAAAAUACCCAUAAUCCAUGGCACAGUUGACCUCCCGGUCGUAAUGGACGUUUCAGAGAUAAUGAAACCUUCUGAAACCGAGCGACCCGAGCAUGUCAGCAUUUACACCGUUCGACCUUUCGAGACCCGACCGGUGUCGAGAGUCUCGGUCCAACCGACAACAAUAAUAACAUCCAAUUUGAUAAUGCCAACGAAACUGAGAAGCCCACAAAUCAGUAGCGUCGAAUCGAUCGGCCCCUCCAUCAGUCGAAUCAGUUCGGUUCCUACAAGACAGCCGUCUUACGAUCCAACCCGCAAGCCGACGAGAAAACCCGAUCAUCCGGUCUUUUUAGAGCCAAGUCGACAAAACACUGAGCUUUCGAUGAAAAUUGAACCGACUCAAUCCCUGAUUCGACCGAGCAACAAAGUCGUCGAACCGAGAUUUGGCAGCACUCAAAAGCAAAAGUACCACAAAAGUGAGAGUAGCACUUACGAAAAGCCGACUCUUGUAACCCGGGUUCACAGCUCCUCUUCGAGAAAGACCAAUUCUUUCGUACCAAGGCGAGAUAAGUUGCCGAAAACCAAGGAAUUCCUGGGCACCGUGAUUCAGGAAGUCACGAAAAAUGGAACUACGGCGACUGUGGAAAUGAAACCGAAAACCGUAACCCACUUCAGAACGAUGACCGUCACAAGAACCGAAACUUCCGUAGUCGGAUCACCACCAACCACGAGAACUCUGCUCCUCACCCACACCAUGACUUCAACCAUCAUCGAAACCGUCACGGAAACUCUGCUUCGUCCAACAAGUGUCGUUGUAACUUCAACGGUUUUGCAGUCUAUGACGCGCUUACCAAGCUCUUACGAUAACGCUGUUGACAACGAUUCCAUAUUUGUUGUUAUGAGCGACCAAAAUCCACCUGCAGCCGGUGCAGAAGAGGUUGAAGCAGAGUACGGGGAAGAGGAAGUUUCCAGAGACGAACAAGAACCGGCUGGCAAUGAAAUCCACAGAGUUCUUGCAGGAGGAAUUCUCGGGGCCCCAGUCGCCCCGAUGAAACCUCCAGUGAAUUAUUGUCAACCCGAAUGCAAGGCAUCGAAAGCCGAGGUCUGCUCGGAAGUUGGUAGCGAAGCGAGAUGCGUUUGUCGACCCGGUUUUGCGAGAAUGUUCCCCGAUCGUCCUUGCAAACCGACUUACACGUAUACCGUUCGCGUCGGUCUCGAGCGAAUGGGUCGAGAGCCAAUAUUUUACGAGGCAGCGUUGAACGACACGAGUUCAACGGCAUUUAGAAGAUUGGCUGCACCAACGAAAGAAGCGCUCGAUCGUACCAUGAUGCAGAGUGACCUCCGAGACAUUUAUCGAAGUCUCGACAUUGCUGGUUUCAUGCCAAAUCCAACGCAGGUUGAAUUCCACGUCCAGUUAACCGAUAACGCGAAUGAAACGCGACUUAAAGAUGUUCUUCGAAAAUAUCUCGUUGGUAGCAAUUACAGUCUCGGAGGUACCGAAGUUUACGCUGCGAGGGACCUUGAAAUGAUCGAGGCACGAGACUUCGAUGAAUGUUCAAUCCACGACGGUGGUCCUCAUCACGAUUGCUCACCGCAUGCCGCUUGUUUCAACCUCCGAGGGUCAUAUCAGUGCUCGUGCAAAGAGGGCUGGGCCGAUCUUUCUGAAAAUCCUGCAUAUCCUGGACGCAUCUGUUCCCAGGCACCUCUGGGAUGCGCCGCUUGUAACAACAAGGGCCACUGCACUACCAAUACUCAUGGUCAAGAGAUUUGCGAGUGUUUCCCCUGGCACACUGGCCAGAAGUGCCAAAUAAACCUCAAAGUAUUGCUGAUAGCUCUCGUAACGACCGGAGCAGUUCUACUCGGCCUAUUGGCUGUUUGCCUCGGUCUCGCUUGUUUCCGCCAUCCAGAGCGUCGGAGCAAAUCGGGUGAUCGACGAGCGAUGAUUCCCGGGACUGCUGGUGACACCAGCAGCGAAGGUAGCGUAACGGAUCUCGCGAUACCUCACCACGUGCCUCAUAUUUUACCACCGCCCCCGAGAACAGUAGCUCCAGCUCCGCCAGUCAAGAGACCUGCCAGAAAAAUCACUCCCAGCGGAAAGCGUUGUCGAUCACCGAAAAAGGCUUCGAUUACAACUGGGCCGGCGAACGAAGAACACUGCGAUCGUUCUUUGACCGUUAUGAUACCGAGAGCGAAAUAUCGCUCGAGCCCUCAAACAGCUCAAAACUAUAAACCGACCAUGAGCACCUUUGCUGCGGACGAACACAAAUUGAUGAGCUAUCUCGAAGGCGGAGGUCAACCAGGUAACCGAAAACAAAGCGUCUCGAGCACCAAAGAUUUUGGCAAAAACUACGACGAAUCGGGAGGCCAAGUGACGAGAGCCCCUGUAACGACGAGCGGCGCUCUUGUCAGUGCCGGCUUUCAGGUUUCAGCAACGGUGACGAGGACCGUCGAGGAAGAAUCAACGAUAGGGCGUUCGUGUGCUGAAACUCUUCUGCAAGUGGAGCCGUGUACGAAAUUAACGAGAAAUUCCGAUCUCCAAGGUGACGUUCGUUCGACCUUGGCACGUUCGUCCGGUGAAACAUCGACCUCGACGAAACUUUUGCGUCUCGAUUUCGGUGAUUCCUCGGGCUCCACCCUCGCGAAAUCUUGUGGGAAUACGACCAUUCAAACGUCGACGAAAAAUGCACCUAGCCGAAGAAGCGACUCUAAAGAUACGAGGGACGCAAGAGAUAGCGGGAGCGAAGGACACAUGACCUUGGAAAGGGAUCUCGGUAGCACUCUCCGACUGACCCCUCAACAUCCGACUCUAUACAAGCCUGAUAGGACAAGCGAUCGUGAUUCCAACUUCGACUCGCUGUAGACGCAAGUCUCACGUAACCGUCGAGCGAAAAGGUGUGGAAAAACAUGCGUGAAUGAAUUUUUAAAUAAAAAGAGAAUAAAACGCUCGUAGACGCUGGAUGUUCGACGAGCGUGAUCCCCACGCGUUGAGCUCGACUUUCCCUCAAGACUAAUGGAAUUCGUUGUUGCCAAAUAAUAAUUAACAAAUAUAUUUUUUUGUUUCUUCGUACUUAUCGAGAGUACCAGAGAGAAAUACCGAUUUACGUAUGCGGGUCACGACUUCGAUCGUUAAGGCAAUCGCUAGUUUUCAAACUUCGAGGAAAAUGAUUCAAUUUUCGGAAUAUCGUUUAAGAAAUUAUUUGUAUUGAGAGGACACAAGUUUUGAAAAUCGUUGCCAAAAAAUAUGGAAAAAAAUAAUUCAUUGGAAGAGUGGGCGAAAAAGGGUGAUGACAAGGAAAUCAAGCGAAGUGCAAGCCAUAAGAACGUCGUGACCGCGUAGCAUACUUCGAUUUGGUGCUUUCAGCACAUUUUUAUCGUACCACUACGAAAGUUUGCUCGUGUAUAUAAACACAUGAUCGUGGUUGGUCAAGUACCAAUAACAAAGGAUGGUAACGCCUCCCCCUUCUCCUCCCUUUCCCGCCCAGCUAGCUUUUUAUUUAUUUGUAUUUUCGUGAAAAAGCUCAAAUAUGAUUUUCUAUUCGUGAAAAGAAAAGGAAGAGAGACUUGCUCGUUGCUAUCGUACCCCAAUCUUGCUCCCAAUUAAUUAUUUCUCGUAGCAGAAAUAAAGCCAAAAAGUGUCCUGCUUAAGAAUAUGAAUUUCGUAAAUAUUCUCGACAAGGGUGUCAGUGUAAGGAAACGUGUACAUUGAACGCGGACGUCAAAACAUAAGAGAUUUUAUGUACGAAGCAUCAUUGACGAACGAUCAACUUUAUAAAAUUGUUAUUGUUAUUCUAUUAUGUUUUUAGCAUGAGUGUUGUGUGUGGAUGCGUGUAUUUUGUGCGUUUGUAUUUAAUCCAUAUUUUAUGAGUCAACAUAUGUAAUUUUAUGCCCACUCAGACACCCUGGAAGAUCGCUUGCAUUUCUUUUGAUUCAUAAAUAAAUGCAACGAGAAAUCAUCUCGCGAAAGAAAGUGAACUGGACGAAAUAGCAUGAGACUCGCGCGCCUGUGUGCAUGUGCGUGGCGAAUUUAUAUCGCUCGCACUUAUUAUUGAAUUUAACAGAGAAAAAUGAAAUAUAAAUCUAUUAACACGAAUUUAUGUUUUUCAUACGAAAGACCGCGGGUUUUUCUUAACCAAAAUAAUGUCCUUUCAUGGACCGUUUUUCUAGCUAUGUUAUUCUGAAAAAUGGGAAUAACUAUCGUCAGCUACUAAAACACGACAGGGCUAACCUCUCGUACCUCAAAAAGUGUACGUACUAACGUUUCCAAACGCGUUCAAAAGUGUUACUCACACCACCGGAGUCUUUUGUACGUGGAGCUCGUUAUAUCAUGCUCUAUACAUAUAUAAAUAAAUAAUAUACCUUUUUUCAAUAUGUAUAUACUUGCAUAUACAUAUAGACUCUGUUGUAUAUACUAUCUUCUAUAAAAAAAAAACUUAUUUUAUGUGUAUCAUUGUAUUUUUCUUUUGUAUUAUUAGCAUAUUUGAUCGUUUUGAAUAAAUCAUCAUUAUAAAUAAUGAA